UAAAAUUUAAAAAUAAUCUUGGAUUAAUUUUUGCUAAUGAUAAAUAUAAAAUUCCUAUAGAAGAAGAUACUUCAACUUCAACUGGUGUAUGCAAUCACUAUUCAGCUAUUGCUACAAAUGUAACAUUAGUAGCUAAUAAUCAUAAUUUUACUAAAUUAUCUUUAAUACCAUCUGUAACAAUAAUAGCUACAAUACCUGAUAAUCUAAUAGAAUCAUUUGAUAAUAGUCAA